AUGGCUGUCCGAACCCACGGUAUCGCCUCUUCGCGGAGCAAGUCUCGCAAGGCACACUUCCAGGCCCCCUCCAGCGAGCGCCGUGUCAUUCUCAGCGCCCCCGUCUCCAAGGAACUCAAGGAGAAGUACGGAAUCCGCUCCAUUCCCAUCCGCAAGGACGACGAAGUCGUUGUUGCCAGAGGUUCGCAGAAGGGCCGUGAGGGCAAGAUCACCAACGUCUACCGUCUCAAGUUCUCCAUCUUCGUCGAGAAGAUCGUUCGUGACAAGAGCAACGGCCAGAGCGUUCCCAUCCCCCUCCACCCCUCCAAGGUCGUCAUCACCAAGCUGCACCUCGACAAGGACCGUGAGCAGAUCAUUGAGCGCAUCGCUAAGGGUCGUGAGGCUGUUAAGAGCAAGUCGACUUAA